GGGUGUACUUGGUUGCUGUUCUGGCAUGUGUAAUUUUUCAAAAUGUUGCGUACGGAAUCCCUUCUUUCUUCCGAGGUCGGCCUGUAGGAGGCAUGUUAAAGGCUCCUCUCCAUCUUAGUGGCGCAAAACUGCCAGAGGCGUUGACUGUUGAGCAGAGACUUGACCACUUCAAUGACGCCGACACUCGUACGUGGAAACAGAGGUACUGGGUGAACAACACGUUUUCCUCCGACUCUGGGCCGGUGUUCCUGAAUAUUGGAGGGGAAGGAACAGCCAAUCCCAUCUGGAUGGUGGACGGACAGUGGAUGAAAUAUGCAGCAAAGUACAAGGCUAUCUGCUUUUUGCUGGAACACCGUUACUAUGGUGAAAGUCAUCCUACGCAAGAUCUCAGUGAUGACAAUAUCCAACACCUCAGCAGUGAGCAGGCCCUGGCGGAUCUCGCUUCCUUUCAGGUGUUUGCUUCGAAAAAAUACUCGGUGUCCAAUGAUCGACCAUGGAUACUGUUCGGAGGCUCUUAUCCUGGAUCUCUGUCAGCCUGGGCGCGCCUUAAGUACCCCCACCUCUUCCAUGGGGCUGUCUCUUCCUCCGCCCCUCUCACAGCUCUCAUAGACUUCACAGAAUAUGUUGAUGUUGUUGUGAACUCGCUGGAAACCAUGUCUGCUCAAGGCAAGGAGUGCACAGCAAACAUCGCCAAGGCAACCAAGAUGGUGGAAUCUAUGGUGAAUUCCAGCCAGGGACGUAGCAAGCUGAAAACAGUUUUCAAGUUGUGUGACGAUAUUGUGACGGACAAUGAUGUGUCCAAUCUUUUCUCCACCCUAGCCGGAAACUUUGAGGACGUAGUUCAAUAUAAUCGGGAUAACAGGGCUUUUGAGGGUGCUGUAGGCACAAACAUCACUAUAACAACUCUGUGCGACAUCAUGUGCAACAGUAGUGUUGCUGACGUGUUGCAGAGAUAUGCAGCCGUCAACAGUCUGAUCAUGGAAACCUACGAACAGAAAUGUGUGGAUGUCAGCUACAAGAAAAUGAUCUCUGAUCUGCAGAGGACAGACUGGAACAGCAGCGCAUCAGAGGGAGGCAGACAGUGGACAUACCAGACCUGCACAGAAUUUGGCUUCUUUCAGAGCUCUGAUACUGGGAAUCCACAACCAUUUGGCAAACAUUUCACACAAGAUUUCUUCAUCAAUCAAUGUACAGACAUUUUUGGACCCAAGUUCAACAAAGAAUUUCUCAGUGCUGGUAUCCAGGCGACAAAUAUGAACUACGGAGGAAGGCUGUUGAACUUGACUAACAUUGUGUACAUCAAUGGAGCUGUGGAUCCCUGGCAUGCCUUAGGCUUUACAGAGGGCAGUCAGGCCAUCUUUAUUAAAGGGACAGCACAUUGUGCUAACAUGUACCCGGAUUCCUCUGACGACCCAAAACAGCUGGUCACCGCCCGGGAAAACAUAUCUAAGCUGAUUGGCCAGUGGAUUCAGUAGAGACUGACAGACCUAUCUACAUUAUGAGAUCAUGAGCCGUAAAAAAGUUAGCUCAGGAAAACAAGAGACAAUCAAUGUUCUCAAACAAAAUAUUGUUUAUAAAUGUGCCAUAUGUCUUCAACCUUUUCGCAUGUUCAGUACGUGUUGUUUUAAGCAUUAUUUUAUUAACAUUUCUCUCAAUGAAAAGGUACAGUAUCUUUGUUGAGAUACCUUGAUGUUUGUUGAACAGAGCAAACAUAAAUGGGUCAAAAUCAAAACACAUAAUCAGAGGUGGAUAAAUUGCCUUUAAAGUUGCUCUUAAACAUGUGGAAAAGUUGAAGAAAUAGGGUAUUGAAGAUUCGCUGCAGUUUCACCUACCCAGCUACACAUUCCCAAGACGGGAACUGUUAUACAUCUCAAGUGCAUACAACAGCUGAUAUUGUCAGGUCUCACCUACACUACAUGUAUGUUAAAGUCAGGAUAAUUGAUGAGACCGAGAACAUAUAGGUACCAUUCAAAUUGUUAGGCAAGACCAUCCCCAAAACUAUUUUACUUUUUUUUUUUAGAAUUUUUUGUGUGCUGUGAAAAGCAUGUAAAUUAGGGAAAAUAUCCUUUUGAUGGCAGGGUUACAAUUCCCACAGUGUUAAAAAGCUCAAGGUAAAAUUAAGAAAAGAUUUUUCAGUGUUCUGGAUGACCGACUUGAUGACUCUGAUAUGCCUCGAAAUUGAAAAAUAACUGUGGUCAAUUUUUCUUUCACCUCUAUACUAUUAACUGUAAAACAUAAUAAUAACUGUAGUGUUGUAUGUCUAAAUUGUUCUUCCGGUCUACCGGCCCUGAUUGUACAGUUGGUAGAGUGUCCGCUUCAGGGGUGAUAGAUCCAGGGUCAAUCCUGGGUUGUGUCACACCUAAGCGCUUAUAAAAGAGGAGGUUGUAACUGCCUUUGCUUGGCGUUCAGCAUUCAGGGGGUAGUGCAAUGACUGAAUGACCCGUAUCAGUGUAAUGGCUCGGGCGGGGCAGCUUACUUGCCAUCGAUAAGUCAUCUCAGUGAAGCAGCACUAGAAAAAAGAGUGGUGGAAAUCCGUCCUGCAACAAGGAGGCAUGUUACAUACACUCUUAGGACUCCUUCCUCGUCAUAUGACUGAAAAAUUGUCAAGCACGACGUUAGACCCCAAGCGCUCACUCACUCCUUUAGGUCCAUUUACUUUGGACAGGACAUAUGUCUAUACAGCACUUCAUGUUUGAACACCAUUUCACUUACAUGACUUAAUGAUAGCCCUUGAUUGUCCUCCCCAAUUAAACGCUUCCACUAAGCUUACAGGCUGCAUUUCCAUUUUUGGUUCACUGCGGCCACAAUUUGUAUUUGUCAUUUUUACUCAGAUUUGUCAACAGUAUGUUCUUCUGACAGGCCUAUAGUGGAACCACUGACUGGUAGAACCACUGACUGGUAGAACCACAUGUAUGUCCAGUGCCAUUGCGAUCCGUGUCUUUCGCUGACAUUACUGAAUAUCCGGUGAAAUUGUGUUUUCUCAUAUUCUUAUUUCGAACUGCACAGUUGUAUGUACAGUUUGUAUGCAGGUAUAUUUGGUUAAUUCUUCAAAGCUUAAAACUAUUUUUUUUAUUUGUGUAUAUUGUUUGUACUUGUAUAUAAGAGGUAAAGAUAUUUGAGCUGUAAUAGAUGUGGUCAGUCUCAGUUGUAUACUGAUUUACAACAUCAGUCUCACUGAGGGUUAAAUGGCAUUCCUCUAGCUCACCACUAGCUCACCACUAGCUCACCACUAGCACAUUUGUUGGAGGUUUUCAACAUUUCACUACCAUUCAUCUGCUGGGGUGUAGAGGUAGUGCAUUAGUUUCUCGAUAUGGUGCCCCUAUUGCCACUAUGUAGAUGACCACUAGCACGACUUACAGGUGUUGAGGUGCGCGGACAAAGAUUGCCUGGUUUUGUAAAGUCAUAUGCCUGACCUUAGUGGGGAUUGAACCUGGGACCUCCUGGUUCUUGUGCUGCUCACCUGUACCUGUGCAAUACUUGUUUUUCUUCACAUGUCCUCAUGGUUUAAACGUUUUAAUCAGUAGAUGUUUUUCUCCACAGGGUUAUUGCAAUCUUUGUAAAAAGCUGGCCAUGUUUCACUGUACCUGGCUUAAUUUCUAGCUUUCCUCAUUGCCAGUUACAUUAAGCCCAGCGCACAUGGACAGUAUUUGUCAUCGAAAAAGAGAUUUCUUGAUCCAGACAACAAAAAAAUCCUUGAAAUUUCUGGGAUGCUUGAUCCAAAGAUUCAGCUUUUUAAUUUUGGGCAACAAAAAAUCCAGACAUAAAUGAGCCAGGUACAAGGUUUUUUUUUUGCUCGUCUGCAGACAGUCUGGAUCUUGUCAGAUCGGGUAACCAAUAUUCCAUAUCAGUUGAUGACGGGAUCUGACAAUCCGAUUUUCGACAGCAAAUGUUGUCCGUUUGUUCUAGGCUCAAAUGAUGUAAAUGAAUUCCAAAAUUUUUGAUGUUGGUUGUAAUAUUCUGUCUUCUGAUUCUUCGUUUGAUUCAUGAAGUAGGUACAUGUGAACGCUAUGGGGAAUUCAUAAAACUCCUUCCCACCUGUAUCCAUAUGGCCCAAAGAUGUGAACAGUUAUCAGAGUAUGUGCGCUCAUAAAAUGUAUAUACGAAGUUCACUCGCGCUGCAACGUCACAGAAGAGAAUGAUGCACCUUACUGUCAUUUGGGCUUUCUCACUGUAUAAGAUGAUGUAUUAUAUGUAGUCACCCAUGAUACAGGAAGAUAAAUACAUUUUUAUAC